AUGCGCGCGCACCUGAAAUUCACCGGUCUCGGGACCGUAGGCUCCGGGGGUCUUUGCGGGCCGCGCCGCUCGUCGCCUCGCCUCGGAGGCAGCUCGCCCCUUAUCUUAAAUAAACACCUAACGGUCCAUGUCGUGCCCUUGCGAGGACUCCGGGGCGGGCGUGCGGCACACGGCCGGCAGGCCUCAGCACCCCAGUCGGAUGAAGGCUCUGACAUUGACUCUGAACCAGAUUUGCCCUUGAAGAGAAAACAGCGCAGGAGCCGAACGACCUUCACAGCAGAACAGCUUGAGGAGCUGGAACGAGCCUUCGAGAGAACCCACUACCCCGACAUUUAUACCAGGGAGGAGCUGGCGCAGAGGGCGAAGCUCACGGAGGCCCGAGUGCAGGUUUGGUUUAGCAACCGCCGUGCGAGAUGGAGGAAGCAAGCUGGGGCCAAUCAACUGAUGGCUUUCAACCAUCUCAUUCCGGGGGGAUUCCCUCCCACUGCCAUGCCGACUCUGCCAACAUACCAGCUGUCGGAGACAUCUUACCAGCCCACAGCGAUUCCGCAAGCCGUGGCGGAUCCCAGCAGCACCGUGCACAGACCUCAGCCGCUUCCUCCGAGCACAGUACACCAAAGCACGAUUCCUUCGAACCCAGACAGCAGCUCUGCCUACUGCCUCCCCAGCACCAGGCAUGGAUUUUCCAGCUAUACAGACAGCUUUGUGCCUCCGUCUGGGCCCUCCAACCCCAUGAACCCCGCCAUUGGCAAUGGCCUUUCACCUCAGGUAAUGGGACUCCUGACCAACCACGGUGGUGUACCCCAUCAGCCCCAGACCGACUAUGCGCUCUCCCCGCUCACCGGGGGGCUGGAACCUACCACCACGGUGUCGGCCAGCUGCAGCCAGAGACUAGACCAUAUGAAGAGCUUGGACAGUCUGCCCACGUCUCAGUCCUACUGCCCACCCACCUAUAGCACCUCGGGCUACAGUAUGGACCCCGUCACCGGCUACCAGUAUGGGCAGUAUGGACAAAGUGCCUUUCAUUAUCUCAAGCCAGAUAUUGCAUAAGUGAACUGUCCACUCGGAGCUCAGACUGGCCCUGUUUCCGGUCUCCACAGCCUACAUAUGAAGAAUCUUCUCCAAAAACAAAAAUCACCUUUUUGGGGGGCAGUCUCAACAGGAGAUUAAGAAGAGUGAUGUCCCCCCCCCUCCGAUAGUUGGUCUUAGAUUCUUUUGAGCAUGUUGGACAAACGCGGUGGAAGAAAGGAAAGCCUGGAACAGUAAAGAGAAAACACAACAUCUGAAGGCAAUGAUUUCACAUGGCUACAUAUCACAUACCCCAACUCUUCAGUGCUGAUGAUCAAGGAGCUAAAACAUUCCAUUUGUGGGCGUGUGUGGUGUGCGUGUGUGUGCAUGUGUGUGUGUGUGUGUGUCUGAGAUUUAUCUGGACUGGUUCAGGCAAGCAGAAUGUUUCUAAAGUAAAGUCUGAGAGUCCUCUAACGGAUGACAUGUUUGAUGUUCAAUGCUGACAUGUCUACAAUUUUAAAACUGCUCAUGGAACGAGGCAGGAGUGGAGGAAUCCUUGACUUUUACACACUGGAAAUUGAUAUAAACAUAAAUGGCACCAUUUUUUAGGAAGUUAGACUAGAUGUAAAGGACCUCCCAAAUAAAUUAUUUGUGAUCUUACCCUCCUUUGAAACCCAGUUGUCAAUAAAUAAUGUCCCGGGCAGGCAGCCUUGCUAACCGGAUAUGGGAUGACAGGAAGGAAAGCUCGUGUUCUUUCUCAGUGUAGGGAGAGGUAUGGGAGAUUUUUCCUAGUUCAUUUGCAUUUUGAAGCCAACCUGGCGGGGUAAGGGGCGGGCGCGGUGGAGAAGAAGUGACGUGCAUUCCCACAGCUGCUCAUUGGUGUGCAAUACUGUGUACCUCACGGACGCUUUGGCAGUGGCCAGGGCUGUAGAAACAGAAUCAGAACUCUAUUUUUGCAGGUGCUUUAUUUUCACAGCCCAUGAUUCAUUGCGGUAGAAUGCAUGACAUUCGCCAUUGAAUGGACAGCUGACUAGAGACCGUGUUCGAGAAUAAUGCUUUUAAGAUGAUGACGUUUACAUUCUUCUCUUUUCUAUGAAAGGCAGGGCAAGAACAGAAAUGUCCACGUGGCUCUCAUGGACUUGUAAAUUAUACAAGGAAAUCCAAUAUGAAAAAUCUAUAGGAACUGAGGUUUACAUACAUUUGUGUGGUGACAUUUUAGAAUGUCAAUAAAUUUGUUUUUCGAGAUGUUACGAGGAACGAGAAGGUGGAGGCAGAGUUAUUUAUUUCUUUCUAUUCUUGGAACCACGAACGAGGUAGGCACAGGUACAUUCCCUUUAGAGUUAAGGACGAUGACGUAGUGGGUUAGUGAGAUUAGACGUAGCUCCAGUUUAGUUCAUACGUUGGUCAUAGAAGGUUAUGGGUCAAGAGAAGCGCGCCCUUUGUGUUGCAGCCUCAACCAACAACAAUGUGUUGUAAAAAUGUCUUUCAUGUAAA